UGAGCUGAUGCUUGAUUUCAGAUUCACAUUACCAAAUCUGUUCAUAAAUUUUGCAGCAUUAUCCAGUUUCGCCGAUAAUUUCGCUUCCUUUUCUCGUGCUGUAUCUUCACAAGCACGCGGUAUAGAGGUGUAAACGAUGUCUUCGAGGAAUUUUCUUUUAAUUUGCUAUAGGAAUGUGUGGUGUUUGAUUGAAAUUUACAGGUUGAAGCUAUUGUAGUGAUCUGAGUAGUGUGUGGAGUAUUGCACAACCUACCUAAUGUCUGAGAUGUCUUCCAAAGACAUCAGGAACAUACCUGAAUCUGAGAGGAUGAAUGGAAGCUUUAUGAAGCCUCAAAUUGAGCACAAGGAUGAAAAUCUUGAUGAAAGGCAAAAGAGAAGCAUGACCUCCUUAGUUGGAAUUCCAACUAAGAUAGAUGAAACUGCGAAUUCGGGAGUUGAGGUGGGGAGUUCACAGGUGGAAUACAUUGAAUCUGAGAAUUUGAAUGAUGUAGAUGAUGUGGAGAUAUGUUUGAAGACACUUUUGUCCAGACUAAGUUCCAAGGAAUGGGUUUCAGUUUGUGAGGCACUCAAUAAUAUACGCCAAUUGUCAAUAUUUCACAAGGAAGUAAUUCUUAGCAUCAUGGGUGAUGUGAUCUCCUUAAUAGUGAAAUCCCUGAAAAAUCCCAGAAGCGCUGUUUGUAAAACUGCAAUUAUGACUUGCGCUGACAUUUUCAAAGCAUACACGGAUGACAUCAUUGAUUCGCUGGAUCCACUGCUUUUACAACUUCUUCUCAAAUCUUCACAAGACAAAAGAUUUGUAUGCGAGGCUGCUGAGAGAGCUUUGAUAGCACUGACUACUUCAGUUUCUCCUCUUCUAUUACUGCCCAAACUGCAACCAUAUAUUAAGAACAGAAAUCCUCGAAUUCGCGCAAAGGCUUCUAUGUGCUUCUGCCGAAGUGUCCCACUGCUGGGAAUUGAAGAAAUAGAAGCAUUUGGGAUCGACGAACUGAUUCAAACAGCUGCAUCCCAGCUUGGUGACCAGCUUCCUGAGUCCAGGGAUGCAGCUCGUACUCUGUUGUUGGAACUGCAAUCUGUAUAUGAGAAAUCUCAUUUCCGUAAACCAACUGCAGUACCUGAGGACCCUGAGAUAGCCUCGUGGGAGCAUUUUUGUCAAUCAAAACUUUCACCUUUGAGUGCUCAAGCUGUCCUCCGUGUGACCACUGUUUCCCGGGAAGAAAUAGUUUUGGGUUCAUAACAUCCGUAUAUGCAGCAAUGUGAGUUUUAAUGAAUUUUUGCUUGUUGGUUUUAAUCUGGUUCGGUAUUGGUAUCAUAUACUUGUAUAUACCAUCAUGAAAGCUUCAGAUGUUUGGAGUGGCGGUCGAAUCAUGUAGUCGAGCUAUAGAUCCUAAUCUCUUUGGUAUAUGGUUGACAUUCUAUUGCUAGUUAUGGAUCGAAAAUGAAUAAUCGGUGUAUGCUUCGUUGUGAGGUUUAGCAUUGUUACCUUUUUAAUUAUUUGUUACCUAGUCAAUUGGCAUGCGUAUUAUUGUGUUCUUCAA